AUGGAUGAUGUAUUUUGAAAGCAGAGGCUUCAAGCUUUAAAAUGGUUCAUCGUCUUGUUUUACGAAAUUAUAUUAAUUUUUAACAAUUAUAACAAUCUCUGAAUAUUAAUCUGAACAACUGUGUCUAUGUCUAUACAUGAGUCAUAAUUAGGUACAUUUUAUUCAUUCACUGCAAUAUUUUGACAAGAUAGGUACUUAUCUUAAGGUUUCUUUAAAUCUUCAUUUAGGUACUCGUUACGAAACGAAAGUUCGUGGCUUGAUAUUUAUUUGAUCGAUGCAGGUGAGCAAGAUGUAAAUUUAAUUAAUUACAACGACAGAUUUUUACCUGUAUUUGAUUGCACUCUAAGCUCGUCUCGUUGACUAGUAAUAUUUUAUUUGCUCAAUUGAUUUAUACUAGUUACAACCAUAAACGAGAGAAGUUACACAAAUUGUAUUCAUUAUUUUUCUUUACUAAAGAUAAAUCGUUUCGAUUGCUGUUUAAGGUCACUCGUCUUCAAGGAACAUUCUGCUCGCCUAUUUUGCGAUACUAUUUCGUCGGGAUCGGACAGCUGUUUGCGUUAGUAUGCCAGUUAGCGGCCUGAUCGAUAAUUAACUCCGUAUCGUGGAAAAUUAUCGUGAUAAUCUCGCGCUCACCGCCAGUCGACACGGUGUGAUAUCGACGUACGGUUCUCUCUCGGCGAUGUUUGCUCUUUUUUUUUAUCAAGCACGAUUUCGAACACGCUCACUGAAAGUAACAUUCUCACCAGAAAUCGGUACGAUGACCCGUUCCUAGUAGCUUCCAACGAAGCUUCACCGAUCGAAAUAAUGAAAGGUAAAUGGAAAAAAAAAAAUAUAUAUAUAUAUAUAAUAAACUUUUGAUUGCAGGAUGAAUUAUGCCCUCUUUGUGUGAUGGACGCACAGUCCGAGGGAGUGGCAGUCGACGAAAUCAAUCGAAUCGCGAGCACGUUGGGUGACCAGGGCGAGGAGGCUGAUAUCGAGGAAGGUACGCUAAGCGAGGACGAAGAGAACGAUAAUAUGCCACCGAUCCCAGACACGGUGCCGAUAACAAAUUCGACGGCCAUCGUCGAGAGCGAUCAGAUCGACGGCCAACCGGGCAACGUCGACCAAUCGAACGGCAAUUUGGCCGCUAACGAGCCGCUGAAACGUCGCCGAACAACUGAGGAAGUCGCCUCUUUUAAUAUGUCCGACAGGAAAUCGAAGAACUGCGCGACCUUCUAUUUCCGCCACUUGGACACCGACUCGGAGCAGAACGAGGACGGUGGGGCGAUCGCGAUGGAGGAUUCCUCGGAGGAAGAAUGGACGUACACGUCGUCGCGGGUGAAUGCUACGAAUGAACAACGAAAUACGAACGUGCUGGUGCGUCUGGACUUCGGCGAGGUUCAGCAGAGUGAAUCGCGAGGGUCUGCUGCCGAGGCAGACGGGGAAACGAGCGAUAGGAAGCCCGUGAAGGAGACGUCCAGCAUGCAGGUUGUCGACGAGACUAACGAGACUAACGAAAUCGACGCGUCGCCUUCGAACAAGAAAGACAGCGACGACGAGGUCAGCAACGACAAAACCAGCAUCCAGAGGCUCAUCAAAGAGGUGGAGAAGUUAGUCGGCGAGGAAAGGCGCAACGGUGCCUCAAAGACAUUCCCUCACUUUAUAUUCGACGAUAAGAAGGGUUUGACCAACAAUCAUCGCGCCAAAUACGCCAGGAUCAAAGAGUGGUUGAAAUUGAACUCCGCACGAGGCCACGAUGCACAUUCUACGUCACAG